ACACCCACCUCUCAGCGCGCGCUCCCGAGUCACCCCUCCCCCGCCGCCGCCGCCCGCCCGCCACCGGGCUCAUUUACGGCAGCCGCAAAAGGGACGUAAAAGCGCCGCCCGGGCUCGUGAAGAGAGACGCUGAGGUAGAUCUGGAUCUUAAUACUUCACAACUGUAACCUGCCAAAUAAAAAUUCCAAGGCUAACCAAUCCAUGAGUGGGCAUCGAUCCUCAAGGAAGCGAUGUGGAGAGUCACGCAUAGAAUCCCCUAUGGAUUGUGGUCAUGUUCCUGCUACAGUGUGUGUGUUACGCAAAUUGGUUCAGUUGCCUACACCACCGUUGUCAAAGCAUCAGCUAAAGCGGUUAGAAGAACACAAAUAUCAGAGUGCUGGACAGUCCUUGCUUGAGCCACUAAUGCAAGGUUACUGGGAAUGGCUAGUUGGAAGAAUUCCAGCCUGGAUUGCCCCAAAUCUGAUCACCAUUACUGGACUGUUAAUAAACAUAUGUACAACAGUAAUAUUAGUGUAUUACUGCCCAACAGCUGCAGAGCAGGCACCUCCAUGGGCAUAUUUUGCUUGUGCAUGUGGCCUUUUCAUUUACCAGUCUUUGGACGCUAUAGAUGGAAAACAAGCAAGAAGAACCAAUAGUAGUACUCCUCUGGGAGAACUUUUUGACCAUGGUUGUGAUUCACUGUCCACAGUCUUUGUGGUUUUGGGAACUUGUAUUGCUGUGCAGCUGGGGACGAAUCCUGACUGGAUGUUCUUUUGUUGUUUUGCUGGGACAUUCAUGUUUUAUUGUGCACACUGGCAGACAUACGUCUCUGGAACCUUGCGCUUUGGAAUAAUUGAUGUGACUGAAGUGCAAAUCUUCAUAAUAAUCAUGCAUUUACUGGCGGUGAUUGGAGGACCACCUUUUUGGCAAUCAAUGAUUCCAGUGCUGAAUAUUCAAAUGAAAAUAUUCCCAGCUCUUUGUACUGUUGCAGGAACCAUAUUCUCCUGCACAAACUAUUUUGGUGUGAUCUUCACAGGUGGUGUUGGCAAAAAUGGAUCAACUAUAGCUCUGAAACUGCAUGUUUUCUUCAUGCAACACACAAUUUAUGAGACCUUCAAACCAAAGGCUCCAACCACAUUAUCAGCUGACACCCUCAGUCACAUUUCACUAUUGGCACAAGGAACAAGUGUCCUUUCACCCUUUCUUCAUAUUGGGUCAGUGAUCAUAUUAGCUGCAAUGAUCUACAAGAAAUCUGCUGUGCAGCUCUUUGAAAAGCAUCCUUGCCUGUAUAUACUUACUUUUGGUUUUGUAUCUGCUAAGAUAACUAACAAAUUGGUGGUUGCACAUAUGACCAAAAGUGAAAUGCAUCUGCAUGAUACAGCAUUCAUAGGUCCAGCACUUUUGUUCUUGGACCAGUACUUUAACAGCUUUAUUGAUGAAUAUAUUGUACUUUGGAUUGCCAUGAUCUUUUCCCUCUUUGAUUUGCUCCGCUACUGCAUCAGUGUGUGCAAUCAGAUUGCUUCCCAUCUGCGCAUCCAUGUAUUCAGAAUCAAGGUCUCUUCCACACAUUCUAAUCACCAUUAGUGACUGGGUGGUUGCUGUGAUGAGAAAUACGAAACAAGUGUUUUCUAUAGGGAAGAAUAUGAACAUAUUUAGGAGACUAAGGCAAAAGGAGCAGAUAAGAACAAAUCUAAUUUAUUAUAAUCAACGUUGUAUAACUUUUAUUCUUUGUUACUGGUAACACUCCUUAACUAGUCUUUGCCUAUGAGAGAGUGAAUUCCAAGUACUCUCCAGUCAAACAUCAUGUAGUCAACUCUACUGGUUCUGUGCCCAGGAAAGCAUGCAGGGAGUAAUGCUUUGUCUUUGUAAUUACCUUGAAAACAGAAUAAACUAUCUAUGGUGAAUGGAUCCCUAACAACUGAAAUUUCUAAUGUAGUAUAUUUACAAACUGCAAAAAAUGUGCUUUAUAAUUUUAAUAUUUCAUCAUCUUAGUGAAAUACUUUAGUGUCCACUUGAAAUUUCUUUUACUAAAGAGCUGAGCUUGUAAAACAGAGAGAUCCCACUAGCUUGUGUGGCUGAAAUAGCUGAAGUGACUUUCAGUCCAGAUUGAGGUGGUUCAUUUGCUUACAUAUACUGUUCAACAGUAUAUUUUAGUGGGACCUGAUCGGAGAAGGGGGUGACUAUCAGCAUGCAAUAUAGUGUGGUGUCUUUGUCAAUUAAUUUUUUUUAAAUAAAAAAGAACUUAUUUCAUAAUUUUCUUCAGUGGAAAAACUUUAAAAGCAAAUUUUACUGUUACUUUUUUACGUAUAGAAUUUAAGCAAAAAUUUCUUUCUGCUCUUUAAUAAAUAAGGAAAUUCUAAGA